AUGUGGUGUUCAUUGGUUCUGUUUGGAGUUAUAAUCGGGACCGUUUGUACUGCUGACAGUAUUAACACGCUGUUUCUCCAUGAUUUACCUGAUGUAGGACGUGCAAUUUGUCCACCUUGGUAUUCUUCUAAUAACGGACGAUGUUAUCGAUACUUCUCUACAAAACGUUCCUGGAACAAUGCAAGAGCUUAUUGCAGGUCAAUGAACAGUGGGGACUUGCUUAGUAUCCAUACAUAUUCUCUGAAAUAUAAUGUAUGGAGACACACUGAGCAGACUGAAGACGGAGAGUUAUGGGUUGGGGCGUAUAGCGGAUACACAUGGUUGGACGGAACAGGAAUACCAUGGGGCUGGUAUUUAGAGGGUGAACCGAAUUCUGACAAGGAAAAUUGUGUAGAGGUAUGGGCUUCUGGAGGUAGCCGUGGAACAGGUCUUAAUGACGAAGAGUGUAAAUAUGAACAGGAGUUUGCGUGUCAGGCCGACGGUCAGUAA